GAGAAUAGAGAUUAGACUUUAGAGAGCAAAGACCCGAGCGAGUGUCGACUGUCGGUAUACUGUAUAUUCGUUUCACUUUCAAAGUGUCAAAAGUGUGAAGAUUACCUUUUUUUUUAAGUUUAGUGCGCCUUAAAAGAUUCCAUAUUUAUAAAAACCAAUCUUUCCGCUUAAUAUUUUAAGCGUCCAAUAUCACGUCACAUAAUGUGGAGUUGAGUUGAGCUCAGUAGUGGUUUAAGUUGGAUACAUGUAUUGAUCGAAGAUCUUGUAAGAAUAAUUCUUAAUCUAAUUAAUUAUAACGAUGGAAAUCUCAUUUAAAGGAAAACGUAUACUUGUCACCGGUGCUGGACAAGGUAUAGGCAGGGGUAUUGCUAUCGAACUGUGGAGAGCUGGAGCCAACAUAGUUGCAUUAUCCAGAACAAGAAGUCACUUAGAAAGUUUACAAAGUGAAUAUCCAUCUAUAGACAUUGUGGAUGUAGAUAUUGCUGAUUGGGAUAAAACCAGAGAAGUGAUUGAAUCAUUAGGACAUUUUGAUGCAUUAGUGAACAAUGCUGCUGUUGCCAUUUGUGAACCCUUCUUAACCUGUUCUCCUGCUGACUAUAAUAAGAUAUUUGAUGUCAAUGUAAAGGCUGUGUUAAAUGUAAGCCAAGUAAUUGCUAGAAAGAUGGUGGAAAACAAGAUUGCUGGUACCAUAGUAAACAUAUCUUCGCAGGCCUCAAAGGCUGCUUUAAAAGAUCAUGCCCUUUAUAGUGCUUCAAAAGCUGCCUUAGAUGCCCUUACUCGUGCAAUGGCCUUAGAAUUGGGUCCUUAUGGAAUUAGAGUUAAUUCUGUUAAUCCAACUGUGAUUAUGACUGCCAUGGCCAAAGUAGGUUGGUCUGAUCCUGUAAAGAGUUCUGAAAUGCUAGCAAAAAUACCACUUGGAAGAUUUGGUGAAGUAUCUGAAGUGGUCAAUGCAGUUGUUUUUCUACUGAGUGAAAAAUCAAGCAUGAUAAAUGGUGUAGAAUUGCCUAUUGAUGGUGGCUUUCUUGCAACAUAAUUUUUAGUACCUAAGUACCAAAGAUAUGGGACUCGAAAUGUUCCUUUAAACAUUUUUUAUUCAUUAUUUUUGUCUUGUAUAUUUAUGUGAGAUCUGUUAAUUACCUUUUAUUGUUAAUAGUUACAUAAGUACCAAAGAAAGUUAUAUUGGUCUUGAAUUUUUCAUUGAAAAAAAAAAUACAUUCAAGGAAUAAUCAAUAACAUGCAUUUAUUGCCAUUAAUACUUAGUGCCUUUAACUAACAAGUUUUGUAUGCAAUGUUUUUCGAGAUACUUGAUAUUAUUAUUUUAAGAAAUUUUCAUUUAACUAAUGUAGUAGAUCUGCAUGCUCCCAUGUAAAGCAAAAGCUGCGAUAUUAUCAGAGAAUUAGAAAAAAAGGAAGAAGGAAGAACAAUCUGUGAUGUGUCUAACCCAGUAUCUAUGCGCUAUAUAUAAAAACUAAAGCUUUGGUAACUCCGUUUUGUUUGAUCCUUCAAUAUAAUAAAAUGUAGAAACUUUAAGGACACAAUUAUUUUUAUUGAAUUUAUUUUAAAACUAUUGGGUAUAUAUAAGUGUUUUAUUUUAAUAAACAUUUUUUUAUAACAUUAAAAUAAAAA